CUGUCCAGCGGGCGGCGCUGUGAAUGAACUGCGCCACAGUGGAGGCGUUCAGAAGUAGAGCCGCUCCGGUUUGAUUGGAGGAAGUAAUACAUCAACAAAGAAAGAUGGCCGAAGUCAUAGAACUGCAGAAACUGAAGCUUGCUGAACUGAGGCAGGAGUGUGAUGCCCGAGGCCUGGAGACAAAGGGAAAUAAAGGAGAACUCAUUGCCCGACUUCAAGCCUAUCUGGAGGAGCACGAGGAAGAUGUGGACGUAGACGAUGUGCUGGGAGAGGAUACAGAGGAUUUCACUAAAGUUGAGAGUGCCAACGAUGAGAAAGACAUCAAGGAAUCUGAGUCUACUGAGUGCGAGAUACCUGCUGAAAAGAAGGUGGUGAAAAUAACUCCUCCAUCAUCUGCCAGUGAAAGACUACAGAAGCGAGCUGAACGUUUCAACUUGCCUGCAUCAGCUGAGAGCAAAAAGGCCAUACGUGCAGCAAGGUUUGGCUCCACCGAUGCUUCCAGUCCCUCUCCAGGUCUCGUUGCAAACAGCAAAGCUCCCGUGAACGUUGAUCAGCUGAAGAAGAGAGCAGAAAGAUUUGGAAUGAACGUCUCAUCCGUUUCACAAAAGAUUGAAGAAGAUGAAAAGCUGAAAAAGAGGAAGGAGAGGUUCGGGGUUUCAACAGGUGCAGCCGGUGCAGCCGAUAUUGAGGCAAAGAAAAUGAAGCGCGCUGAAAGAUUUGGAAAUGUGUGAAUAAAUGUUUUAGAGACUUUUUUUUCUUUCCUUAUUUUUUUUUUUUUUUUUUUUUUGAAAAGCAUUUUCAUUGCUGCACAACAGAGAUUCCCAAAGGAUUCCUGUAAAUCAAAUGUAUAAUUAUGUACAAACAUAAAUAAAUGGGUGAGUAAGAUCAUUUAAAUGGUUUGGAAAAAACAAAUUAAAAUUAUUUACUUUGCCUAAAUUCAGUGGAUAAUGUAAAUUAGACAAUCGUUUGAUUUGUCCAUUAUUUACUGGAACACCAUUUUCUCCGUCAUGGGAGGCUUUCAAACACAUUAUUUUUCAUUUCCCUCAGUUUUUAUAUAGGAAUUAGAGGUGUGUUUCUAAACUGUAUGGGCUAUUCGCUCCUGUGUAACAUAGACGUUUUGUUUUACUCCUCUUUCCUAAACGUACUAUUUAACAGGUACGACCCUCACUGUUCCCUCUCUGCUGCGCUUUCUCAAAGCUGCAAUGAAGUCCAUUUAUCAAGUCUGUCAAGCAACUAGGUGUGUAGUCAAACAGCUCCUGCAGGUGCUUCACAGUAAACACCUUCCAGAUGCUCUGGGGAAAACAUUUGUUCUCUGUGUAUCAGGUGAUUAUUUACUGUUUACUCUUUAAAUAUAAUCUUUAAAUACAGUGGUGCAUAAAAUCACCAGAAAUUUCACAAAUCAAACUGAGAGAAAAUUGAAACAAGGAGUGCAUUUACUGUGAAGCAGCUUCAGGAAGUGUUUCAUUAGCUAACAGAUCUUUACACUAGAGCUUGCUGAAAGUUGUCUUGAAGCUAAAUUAGAACAUUUUUGUGCUUCUUAUUUUUUAUGAGUGCAUUAAUGUGAAUAGAUUGUUAUAGUUAUGACAAAGAUUUGAAAAGACGAGCAGAUGAGAAACCAGUGAGGAUCUAACUUGUUGGUUAGGGGUGAGAAUAAAAAAGAAAAAUCCUUAACUGUAUCCGCUAUGCAGGAAAUAAUACCUAGCAAAAAUGGCCUUUGUGUUAUCAAACAUGCAGCAGGGAAAACAGGACAUUUUGGCCGUGGAAACAGAAAAUGUGGAAUACGUUUGUACAAAGACUAAGGAAAAUCCUAAAAUAUAAGUUUAACAAAUUUCUAUGAUAGGUAAGAGUAAAAUAAAUCCUGUAUUUCUGCUUUAAUUAAAAAAAAAAAACAACAUUUUCUAACAAUCCAGUUAAACUCACGUAUUUGAAUUUACUGUGUACGUAAUUGUACUUUUGAUUUAUCAGAUGGCCUGUUGUUUUCUUUUGGGGACUACAUUGGUACACUGCUUCAGUAAUCUGUCCAUUUUAUAACAUUUUGUGAUUUAAAAUAAAUGGUUUUCAAUUUUUUGA